UUCGAGCUUUGAAGUAGACGAGAUGGCACGUACUAAGCAAACAGCUCGUAAAUCCACUGGAGGAAAAGCCCCUAGGAAGCAACUUGCCACUAAGGCUGCACGCAAGUCUGCGCCAACUACUGGAGGAGUCAAGAAGCCUCAUCGCUAUCGUCCUGGAACUGUCGCCCUACGUGAGAUCCGUAAGUACCAGAAGAGUACUGAGUUGCUGAUCAGGAAACUGCCGUUCCAGAGGCUUGUUCGUGAGAUUGCCCAGGAUUUCAAGACCGACUUGCGUUUCCAGAGCCAUGCGGUGCUGGCACUGCAGGAAGCGGCAGAGGCGUAUUUGGUGGGUCUGUUUGAGGACACUAACCUUUGUGCCAUCCACGCCAAGCGUGUAACUAUUAUGCCUAAGGAUAUCCAGCUUGCUCGUCGUAUCAGGGGUGAGCGUGCUUGAUCGAAUCAGCCCAUUUCUCUGACAUGUGCUGUGAUGGAGGAAAUGAAGUGGUGUGUGUGACUAGCAAUAGGGGUUAUUAUAGGUGUGGUGUUCUUGACCAUAUGUUUGUGUUUUUUGUGGAAAGUGUAGUUUUUUUUUAAAGUGGUGUUGCCACCUGUCCGUGACACUCUCUGUUGAUUUUCAAUGAUCGAGUCCCUCAUCGAGUCUAUUGUUCUUUGAUGUGGAGGAGUCUCGGUUCAAUCUGCCAUUGUUCCAAGGGAAGGAAUGGGUUCUGGUUUUGUUCUGAGGCUGAUAAUCUUGGCCUCAUAAAUCA